AUGGACAGCUACUCAGAGAUUGCCAGCCUCGACUCUUUUACCGGCACAGAAACCUCAAGGUCGACGGUCCCAGGACUUGGUUACCUCUCGGGGAAAGCCACCAAGAGACUUGGAGAAGCCGUGCUCAAUGGUGUGGAUUAUCUUGUGGUCAACCGCCAACUGAAUCGGGUCGAAGCCCGCAUCAGGAAGGACGGAUCCCUGGACAAGCAUGAGGCUGAAGGUCGGGAUAUGUGUAGUAUAUUGCUCGAGUUGACUCACCCCGGCUAUUCUUUUCCAGUGCAAACGAAGGCUCUACGUUUGAUAAUGGAACAGAUUGGCUCAAUGAGUUUCAAAUCCCUUGCUGCAGCCCUCGUCGUGAUGAACUCGUCCUUCACAACUCACCGUCAUCUUUUGACGAUCAUUGAAUGUUUAUGGAGCUCUCGGAGGAUAGGCGUUUCCUCUGACACUGCUACCAUCCGUGAUUCAAUGACCACAAAAAAGAUCACAGCAUGUCAGGCCGCAGGUUAUGAAGCAUAUAUGGCAGUUUUUACCAACUCGAAUGACAUGUCCGUUCUCUCUUCAUCUUCUGCCUUCAUCCUAUACUUGGCCUUUAUAAUCGCUAUUGGCUCAAAAGACCACGCGCGAAUCAUCUUCAGCCUCGAUAUUUCGCGAUUUCUGGAGGCGAUAGGUUUAUUCGACCCAUUGAGAUCGCGCAGCGAAACAAUAGCCGGACGACUUCUGUUGCACGUUAUUGCGCUCAAGUUGGAUCCUAUUCAAGAUGCAGAUGCGGUGGCCAGUAUUGAAAACAACAUUUCUACGUUGAAAAUGUCGCGUUCUAACCCCUCGAACUCGAGGCCCAAGUUGGAUCCUAUUCAAUAUGCAGAUGCGGUGGCCAGUGUUGAAAAGAUCAUUUCUACCUUGACAAAGUCACCUUCUAACCCGUCGAACUCGAGUUCAACGAAUGAUGAUAUGGAAGAUUUAUGGAAACGGUUGGAAAAUUGGUACACCGUAGCAUCUUCGCAGCGAAGUCCGCUGAUCGACGUCGUUUCGGAUGCAAUCGUGUUCAUAAGGGACGACACUCUGUUCAGGAACAUGCAACCGAGGGUAAUGGACCCCCCGAAGGAUGUGAAAGUCCUUCUUCUGGGUUCUAGUGAAUGUGGAAAGACUACCAUCAUGAAGCAGCUGAUACUAUCUCACCGUGGAUCGGAGCAAUUCACCUCUCAGUUUUCGGACAAGGUCAUGUAUGCAUGGGAUUUAGCCAAAGGCGUCGUUUUCCCCCUCGAAGGACUGAUGGAGAAACAACUAGGAUAUGCACUCGAAUGGGAUUGGGGAUUGGUCGACAUCAGGGUGUUGAUGAGGGUGUUGAGCAUCGCGGUGUUGAGCAUUGCAGAUCUCAAAAUGCUCAUGUCUUCCAUACGGGCGCGUACCAGAGAUCUUGCUUCAUUACAAUCGCUAGCAGACGAGAACCUAUCCUACCGUUUGAGCGUACUCAAGCGUAUCGAAGAACUACCGUCGUCAGAAUAUGAAUCUUAUGCGCCUACAGAAGAAGAUCUCGUUCGGUGGUACAUCAAAACAACCGGACCAUACGAAGAAACGUUUGAAACAGCCACUAGAAACUACCAUGUUUGGGAUUGUGGAGGACAGAGAAUCGAACGAAAGAAGUGGAUUCAUUGUUUCCAAGAUGUUUCUGUGAUGUUGUACAUCGCCUCCCUCACCGAUUACGAUCAGGUACUUAGGGAGGACGGAGAAUAUAACCAAAUGAAGGAAUCAUUAUUAGUAUUUGAUUCACUCUGUCAAUCAAAAUGGUUCAAGAUUACCCCCAUAAUCCUGGUGCUCACGAAACGGGAUUGCCUAACUAACCAAAAGUUAUCAUUAUCACCUCUUGAAGAUUACUUUCCAGACUACACCGGGGGUCCAGACGAAAACGCGGCUUUUGAAUAUAUCAAAGGAAUGUUUCUUCAACUGUGCCAAGAUCGAGCCGGGGUGUCGGUGCACGUUAUGAACCCGAAUAGUGCCGAAGAGGUAAAAACUUUGUUCAAACGUAUUGAUGAAGCUCUGGACUCCAGCUCAUCAAAACGAAAGCUGAGUGCUAGGAGAAAAGAAUUCCAGCGGUGGAGAGGGUAG